GAAAUGAGGAAGGAAGAACAGUUCUAGACCUCAUUCGUGUGAAUAAACUGGAGCUGGCCCAAGGAGCAGAGCCCACACAUCUGAAGACGACAUUCAACAACAGACUUUGCCUCUUCAACCUGACUUUUUGACAGCUAAAGAUGUGUACCCUGGUGCAAAAUGAAAAAUGGCUUAGGGAUUACCUGGAUAAGCUAAGUGACUCUGAGCUAAAGAGCUUUCAGUGGUACUUGGCUCUGAAUAUGAGAGAAGGAUCCCGACCUAUCUCAAAGUCCCAGCUGCAGAAUGCUACCAGAGAAGACACUAUUGACAAGCUGGUGCAAGUUUACAGCAAAGACGGUGCUGUAGAGGUUACAAUCGACAUUUUCUUUAGGAUGAAGUUCAAUGACCUCGCAAUAAAGUUAACCGAAGAAAAAUCACGCCGGACUGUGAAAGUGCAGACACCUUCUAAUCCUACACUCCAUAUGCCCAAAAUGGUCAUACCUAAAAUAGUAUGCGAUAGAUAUAUAAAAAAACCGGCAUUAUUCAGCCCAAUAAUACUUGAUGAAGAAUUUGGAAUGGAAAUCAUCACAAACAGUGAACAAGAAUCAUCUGUCACUGAUUAUAUAUCUUGUCCAAUUUGCUUAUGUAUUUUCACUGAACCUGUGACGCUGCAGUGUGGCCACAGCUUCUGUAAGGACUGUGUGCAAGACCACUGGAGAGUGAAAAAAGAUAAAAAAUGCUCAAUCUGUCGUCAAGUCAUCUACAAUCCUGAACCUCUGCCUAAUUUUGUUCUGAAGAGUUUGAGUGAAAGAUACAAACAAGGAAGACUCACUGAUACAUUAGAAGGACACAGAAAUGUCCCAUCAGAGCCACACCAGACUUUUUCCAAGAAUGUCAUAGGAAAGCAGGAAGCUUUUGAAAGAAUCAAGCAAGUGUGCAACUUAUCAACUGAACAUAUUAAGACUCAGAGGAAUGACACAGAGAAGAAGAUUCGGGAGGAUUUUGAGAAGUUUAGACUCUUCCUGGGGAGAGAGGAAGAAGCCAGAAUAGCAGCAUUAAAAGAAGAAGAGACUCAAAAGAUUAAUACGAUACAGAGGUUGACAGAUCUCCACAGAGACACCCUUUCACUCUCUGACACUGUGAAAGACAUAGAAAAGCUUUUAGGACCUAAUAGCUCAUUCGUGCAGAACUUUAAAACUGCAUUGGAAAGUUGUUAG